AGCAGCGGAAAGGAAGGACAGGCCGAACCUGUGAUGGACAGAUUUUUCGCUUGGUAACAGAGCCAUUUUACAACGCUUUUCCUGAUCAUGAAAGCCCUGCCAUUUCAAUGUUAUCCUUGAGAGACCAAGCACUCAUGAUAUGUUGUGCAGAUUCCAUAGCUAUGAAUGACGACCCCACUGUGCUGCUGCAAAAAAUUCUCAAUCCACCGGAAUCCAGUGUUAUUAAAGAUGCACUAGAUACUCUUGUUCAAAUUGAUGCAUUUCAGCCAGCAUUCCCUGGAGGGUAUCAUCCCAGAUUUUAUGGCUAUUUGCUCGAUAGUUUGCCGUUAUCAUUUCAUGCUUCUGUUCUUACCCUGAAAUUUGGUGAGAUGGGGUAUCUCCAUGAAGGAAUCCUGAUAGGCAUUAUGUUGGACAUUCAACCACUUCCUGCACUGCAACCUUUUGGUGAUCAAGCAUUGCGCAAGAAGAUUAGAGAUGAUUAUUUUGAUGAACGUACCUUCCAAAAAAUUGGCAAGAAGGAAGCUACACUAAUCGCAAAUCUCCGGGCAUAUCAGUUUUGGCAGCGUAUGUUUAAGGAUAAGUUUCGUCUGGAGUACCUGACAAAUGUCUCCAAGAACCAAGAAUCAAAUGCAUGUGAGAUCUUGAAAGUUGAACAAGAAUGGUGUAGAUUACACAAUCUCGUGCUUAAAGCACUUAACAACAUCUCCAAAAUUUAUGAUGAUAUUAUGAGCACACUGCACCGGUUUAGGCCUCAAUUUCUUCUGGAAAUCAAUCCUCCAAAGUACCUUCAGACCUCUGAAUUCCACCAUGAAUGUCGUGAUACUGAAUUGCCGGAGCCAGAUCAUAUGACUUCACUCCCGUUGGAAACUGACAAUUCUCACUUAGAUUCACAGAGGUGUGCUGCAAUCCCUUAUAUUUCUGCAACUGAUUUUGGAGCCACUGACAUUGUUAAUACCCUCAUGAAGGUUACUGAAAAGAUGAAGAUAGAACUUGCAGAGACGUGUGUGGACUACCAUGAUGGAUCUAGUGAAACAUACAGAGGACCUCUUAACAAUUUAUCCAAUGCCUCAAAACGAGCAUGCAAGUUCUUCCUCACAUUAAAGGGUUGUAGAAAUGGCGACUCUUGUCCAUUUGCACACAAUCUUGGCUCUUUGAGCUCUUCAUCUGUUACUUCUAAAAUGAAUCCAGAAGAUCCACCAUGGCCGCAGGCUGACAUAGGUUGGAGGAAGUUAGUGACUGGAGGUGAAAAUGGUCACAUUCUUGUCGUGAAUGACAGAACUCUGAAGUUUUCCUCUCAACUUCAUAACAUGGUUGACAUUACACCUGAUCUGCAUUUGGCUGAGCGUAAUUUAGUUGCAAACAAUCUCAGAAUAGUCCAGAAUGUCGCUGAUCCUUCUCAUCUAACUAUUGGAGAUGAACAUGAACUACCAGUUCCUUGGACGAGACUAAAGCGAAUUAUUUUGGUAGAUGAUUAUGAUUCUGGUGAAACACUCAACCACCAAGUCUUGCAGAAGUUCUUUGAGAAUAUUGCCAUCAAGAUAUUGUCAGGACCAUUAUCUAGUGUGCAGAUCAUCUUGAUCAUGAGUAACACAAAGUUUGUUAAGAUACAGGUGGAAAAGUUGGCAAGGGAGUGUUUCUUCAUUCUUGGUGAAUCAUUCCUGUUAAAUGUAGCGCCUCUUAAGUGGUCACCGAUCAUGGGCAUCCGUCAACUAGAUGGGCAGGUAGCAGGACGAGUUGCUUACGUUUUCAACAUGCAUCCUCCUUCGGGGGCGGGCAUUCGGCGGGGCGAUUUUGCAACACAACAGAGCGCCAAGUCCUCUGCAGAAAGCUAGGUCAAAUCGUUAGCUUGGUCAUACGCAUUGUAAUAGCUAGGUCAAACCGUUUUGCAAGUUGUAAGUAGUUCUUUGAUCAGGUCACCUUGUACAGAAAUAUUAUGGCAGAGUAGCUACGAUGGGUACAGUAAGCACUGUUGCGCUGCAACUGCAAACUUGGGUUUAAAUGUCGUCGCUGCUCUAAUUUUUGUUAGACGUCCAAUUAUCAUGGAA